AUGGACAAGGAGGGUCAGGAAGGCCAAAAGACCCAUUCCCCUAGGUCACUUCCACCCGCCUCGCCCCGCGGCACUGCAGGCGGCAGUGGCUCCCCCCGGAAACAACCACCAACUCCUCCCGCAAGGCGCAUUAUAAAAGGUACUGACGCGCAACAAUCUGAAGAAGCCGAAAAGCCAGCUGCCCGCCAAGUCGUGCGCGGGACCUCCCCACUGUCGGCGGCUCCAAUUCAAAAGCUACAACCAACCAAAAGGGAUGGCGAUGGAUCGCCACCAGGCAAGCCUCCUGAUUCAGGGGCUUCUCCACCUCGUCGAGUAACAAUAAGAGAUCGAAGUGCAUCGGCCACUGGUUUGGUUAUAGAUACCGGUACAUCGCCGCAGACCCGGAGGCAUGUUAGGGACUUUGGGGCUUCACCAUCUCCAAGACCGCCCUUUCAAACCGUGGCCAGAUCGACUUCCCCGCUCCCUGCGACGUCGACUCAGUCCCCGCCGGCAAUUAAAAAGGUUGUUGGCUUAGCGGUGACUGGAAAGGAAAGUCCGCGGGGUACUGGCCAGGAGGCGGUUCCAUCGACCUCAGCCCAAGUUCCAUUUGGAGUGGCGGCAUCUGGAGAAACCAAAUCUACCACAUUCAAUAUUUUCAAGAAGAAACCGAAGGAGCCACCCAAGUCACCUCCAAAGGGAGCCCGAUCAGCCUCAUUGCAAUCCGGCGGUGAUAGAUCGUCGCCAGUGGACAAGCGACCCCAAGAACGGCAGUCCCCAGAGCGGUCAGCCGGGGAACGGCGAUCUGUGGGGGCUUCGGGUGUUCAAAAUAAGGCUAAGACCACCCGGAUUCUCUACACGACAGAUGAGGAAGUGCGGGAUGCCCUUAUGGAGUUUGCAGUAUUUAUAAUUUUUCUGGUGCUCACCUCAUUGGUCACUCUAUCUGUGCGCCACUCGUACAUGUUCUACUUUAAUGAUACAAUGAAAAAGCUCUUCACUACCCGAGAACUGGUGGUGGCCCCCUCGGUGACAGUUUCCUUUGAGAAGCUGAUCACGGUGCCCGACUGGUGGGAUUACCUAGUCUACAACUUUCUGGUCACCUUGCACGGCGACAUGACCGUCAAUAAUCCUGGCGAACCACCUCCCAAACCGGCCCCCCAAACGCCAGACGAGCAAAAGGUACCCGAUGAAGAGACGCCAGAGGAAACGCCAGAGGAAACUCCUGAAGACAGAAUGCGAUAUAGGAUCCGAGAUCCCAACGGACUCCUGGAUGAGAAUUGGGACCAGCUGCGAAAAUUCAAAAGGAAGGCCCGGCAAGCGAGUCCCGAGGCGUCUGACGCCUCCGAGGAAGGUUCCGAGAAAUCGGACGAUAAGAAAACUGAACCUAAUGUCAUACCAACCCAUCAUCUAACGGGUCGUGUAUUUCUUCACGAGAACUUGUUGCUAGGACCCCCUCGCAUCCGACAGAUUCGGGUCAAAAAAGACAGCUGCUACGUCAAUGACGCUUUCAUUCGAUACUUCAACACGUGCUAUGCUGCUUACUCCUCCGGAACAGAAGAACGAACGAAUAACUACAAGGGAUCGCCCUACAGAUCAAUGAAUGACCUGGACUCUACUCCGAUUUGGACAGUAUUAGCUUUCUACCGCAGCGGCGGCUACGUGGUGGACUUGACAUUCGAAAAGGAAGACAACCUAAAGAUAAUAACAGAUCUUCAGAACACACACUGGCUGGACCGGGGAUCCAGGCUGUGCCUGGUCGAGUUUAAUUUGUACAACGAGAACACGGACAUAUUUCAAAGCGUCAAGUUCAUUGCAGAGAUCCCUCCCACGGGAGGCGUUAUACCCCAGGCUCAACUUCAAGCUGUCAAGCAAUUUUCCUUUUUCACGGAACGCAACCUGAUAAUGACGGUAAUUUAUAUCUUCUGGUACAUCAUGAUUGUGUACUAUACCAUCUAUGAGAUCAACGAAAUACGCAAGUCCGGCGCCAAGAAUUACUUCACUUCCAUGUUGAACGUCCUCGAUUGCCUGAUUCUUUUGCUUUGUUACCUUGCUUUAGUCUACAACAUAUGGCACACAUUUAAGGUCAAGUCGGUUACCUACAAGGCCACGACCCAAUUGACCUACCAAAGCCUGGACGUUCUCUGUUUUUGGAACAUCAUCUACGUGGACAUGAUGGCCAUACUGGCCUUUCUCGUCUGGAUUAAAAUUUUCAAGUUUAUCAGCUUUAACAAAACACUUGUGCAAUUUACAACAACACUGAAGCGGUGCUCCAAGGACUUGGCUGGUUUCAGUCUAAUGUUCGGCAUAGUCUUUUUGGCCUAUGCCCAGUUAGGCCUUCUACUAUUUGGCACCAAACACCCCGAUUUCCGAAAUUUUAUAACGUCCAUUCUGACCAUGAUAAGAAUGAUUUUGGGCGACUUUCAGUACAACCUCAUUGAGCAGGCCAACAGAGUUUUGGGUCCCAUUUACUUCCUUACAUACAUUCUGCUUGUCUUCUUUAUUCUAUUGAACAUGUUCUUGGCCAUUAUAAUGGAGACCUACAACUCGGUGAAGAGCGAGAUCACUCAGGGGCGCAGUCACUUGGGUUCGUACAUCUACAAGAAACUGACUGGACUUCUUUAUUGGAUCACACAUUGUGGUCGCAAACGGCGGGUACGAGCCCAAGGAACCCCCGAGGAAGAACUAGAUCCCAAUCGGGAAGCCGAGGUCACCCAUGAAGAGCCCUAUGAAUUGCGCAGUAACAUGACUCCUGCCCAAGCCAAGUAUUUCCAAGAAAUUCCGCCGAAUGAAAAUCCAGAUAUGGUUCGUCUAACUAAUCGAGUGGGUCUGCUGGAGGAGAUAUUGGAACAGUUGAUUACGAAUAUGGACGAUAUUUUGAAACGGGUUGAAAAGGAAAGACCUAGAAGAUGAACUCAAAAAACGGUUACUUAAUAUUGUAAAACGGUUUCCUAGUUUUUUUAGAUUACUUGGUUUAUGGAAUUUGAGUUUAAUAAUAAAACAAAGGA